GUCGAACGGCUCUGAUCUGGGCCUGCAGACGAGGUCAGAAUACGGUCAUCAAGGACCUGUUGGAAGCCGGCGCUGACCCGAACAUCCGGGACAAGACAGGCAGGGACGCACUUUCCUGGGCCACGAGAUACAAGAAAAAUGACUCGGCGGAACUGUUGCUCAAAUACUGCCCCGACCUCCGCCUUCAGGAGAGCCAAGCCUGUGGCUCAAGGAAGGUUCCUCGUCGCCCCACCAACACUUCAUCGACGUCCCCAUCCCCUUCUGCGCCUCCGACACCUCAGGACGCCUCAGCCACCCGCGCCUCCCCUUCGGCAGCCAUCAUCAGGGACUCCGAAUAUACCCUAAAAAUCCCAAGGACACGCCACCACUCCCUACGACGCAGGUGGGGACGACAACCCCGUCAGCAGACCCCCAAUUCAUCACGACGGCGUCCGUUACUCCGACCAGUGCGCAUUCAGACCCGAAGGAUAAUCCUCACAGCCCUCGAGUUUGUGGGUCUUCGCUGGCCAGUUCGGCGGGGAAGCUCGCGACUCAGGGCCUUCUGCUUUUGUGCGUGGCUGUUGUGUGUGCUCGGCCGUCAUAGGGAGUGCGAGGUAAUUAUUGGGGAAAUAGAUGCAUGUAUGAGUUAUUACUAGUCGAGUGUCGUAGUUUCUAUUAUUAUCAAUUUUAUUUAUU